AUGGAGGAUUUCAUUCAUCGCCAAGUUCCAUUUAUAUUAGCUGAACAAGCUACUCUUUGUCAAAUCGAAAAGAUUAUUAAUCAAAGUGGUAAAACGCUAUCUGAUUAUAAUUUGCCUGUUGUUGAUGAAUUCAUAGAUUUUAAUCUAGAAAAUUUAAAUGAUAAUGUUCAGCAAUCAAUUGACGAAGCUAAUAGAAUGAGGCCGCUUCUUAAUGUCAAUCAAUUAAAUGUAAGUAAUGCUGUCCUUGCUGCAUUGAACGAGCAACCAAGUGUAGAAAAUCAACAUUCCAGAUUGAUUUUUAUGGAUAGACCAGCCGGUAGUGGCAAAACUUUUACAUGUAAUUAUUUGAUUGCUGAAACGAGCAGUAGGGGUGUUAAAUCUGCUACACCUGCAUGGACUGGCAUAGCAGCAACUCUUUUUACAAAUGGAUCUACGCUGCACGGCUUAUUUAAACUUCCUGUCCCAAUACUGGAUAACAGCACAUGUAAUGUGACUCCUAACUCUAUUCAGGGACAAUUUUUAAGGCAAGUUAGUUUGUUUAUGCUUGACGAGACAUCCAUGAUUCCCAAACACGCUUUUAAUGCAAUCGAUCGGUUGUUAAAUGAUGUUUGCAAAAACAACUUUCCAUUUGGAGGAAAAGUCAUUCUUUUAGGUGGUGACUUUAGGCAAAUUUUGCCUGUUGUGAAAAGAGGGCAACCAGCUGAAGUUGUAGAAUCAUGUAUAAAAUGUUCUUUACAGUGGCAAUGGGUGCAGAAGUUUACAUUACUGAAAAUAUGA